AUGUCUUCCGACGAAGGGUACUCUGUUGUCCCCGUGCAGCGAAUCUUCUUCCCCCUUCGGAUCAUACAGAUGGUCUUUACCGUUGGUGUCUUUGGGAUUGCAUGCUACCAUCUUUCUCUGUACUCGGGUUACGAUGCUGGCGCUCUUAGUCUCUUCACUUGCCUCGCGAGCAUAAUCUUUCUGAUUUACUGGUUCGUGGCGAACAGCCCAACCAACUCCCACCUCUACAACUACUGGGCAUUCUUCGCUGUCGAACUCUUCGUUCUCAUCUUUUGGCUCUGCACCUUUGCCCUCGCCGCCGACAAGGUGGCAAAAUACGUUCAGCUGUUAAGUUAUGACACAAGCUACGAUGGAUACGACUAUUCCAGCACCGGUGACACCACUGGUGGUACCACUGGCGGUAGCAGCUACUGCUAUGAUGGCGUCUGUGUCAGCUACAGCAAGCGCGACCUUGCCAAGCGCGAUACUGUGACUGAUCCUUUCUCCGCGACUCUAUACACAGCCCUUGCACUCUCGGUGAUCAAUUUGUGA